UAAUAUUAAUGUAUAUACUGUAGAAGGAACAAAAUCAUAAUAUUGCUGGUUUUUUAUACGGAAUAGAUAGUUCAGGUGAAAACCAUGAUUAUGAGCAAGUUGAAAAACUUGGGUCUAUUGACCCAAAGGAUAAUGCAAUCUCCUAUAACUCAAAGAAGUAUGUCCGAACAUAGAACUUUUCCUUUGACUUCAAGUAAAUAUGUUUGGACCACAUUUAAGGAUAAGGUGCACUUUUAUUUUAUGCUUGGAGCUAUACCUGCUGGUCUUGUGAUAACCUACUGCAACGUCUUUAUUGGACCUGCCACUUUGUCUGAGAUUCCCGAGGAUUAUACUCCUAAAUAUUGGGAGUAUCACAGGCAUCCAAUAACCAGAUUCAUCGCUCGCUAUAUAACUCUCAAUCCUCAACAGGAAUAUGAGAAAUAUUUGGCUCAUUUAUUCAUUGAAAAUGAAAAAAAAAUGAUUAGGUUCUUGGAAGAUGAUAUCAAGCUUAAAAUGAAGGAAAGAGAUGAUUAUCAAGCCUAUUACUAUAGACCUGUUUUGGCUAAAUAUCAUAGAAGAGUCAAACAAGCUACCGAUUAUGUUGAAACAAUUAGUGGAGAUUAAAUUUUAUUAUGAUUCUUGUAGUGAUCCAUUAAAAUAGGACAGAG